UCCUUCCAAAUCCUUAAACCCAUCUCCUCCAUGGCACCCGCUUUCUCGAAGCCCUCCGGGUGGGCCGACCUCUGCCCAGAUCUCGUCGGCAGGAUUGCCGGCCGGCUCCUGACUGUCACCGACUUCGUUCGCUUUCGUGCGGUCUGCCGAUCAUGGCGUGCCUCCGUGAGACCUUCCGACCUCCAACCACACCUCCCAUGGCUGAUGCUUCAAUACAAUCCAGACAGCGAUACUCGCCAAUUCCACUGUCUCGCCACCGGCGCAGUCUACCAUCUGUCCCUUCCCGAGGCCCAGGGCAAGCGUGUCAUCGGUGCCAACCAUGGAUGGCUCAUCCUCGUCCAAGAGAACACCUCCAUCAUCAACCUCCUUAACCCCCUUACCCGCUCCUGCUUCACCCUCCCACCCUCUACCUUCACUGGAGACAAGGUUGGCCAUGCAAUCAUCACCUCCUCCCCAAACACCCCUUCCGGUACUUGCACCGUCGUGAUCCUCCUCAAACAGAACUGCCAUCUUGUUGCCUACUGCUCCGGCGACGGCGGCCGCUGGGGCCCCUGGGCCGUCGUCAACACCGGCCUCCCCUCCGACGUCUACGGUGCCUACGAUGUCGCCUUCCACCGCAGAAAGUUCUACAUCGUCAACAGCCAUGCCGAGGUCGCCAUCGUCGAUGUCUCUCCACCGGCGGCGACAGCCACUCGCCUCCAAUCCGCGGAGCUCCCCUUUCCCUUGGAUGAUGACAUAAUGAUGGAGAAGGCCUUCCUGGCGGUGUCCGACGACCAGCUGCUGCUCUUCGUCUUCUUCAGCAUGGUGGAAAGCGACGAUGAGAGCGAGGAGCCCAACCGCCCAUUGAUCUCCUUCGAUAUCUUCCGGUUGGAGGAGACCGGCCAGCCGAGUUGGGUGGGGGUCAGGAGCAUGCCCGACCAGACGGUGUUCAAGUGCAACGCUCAGGUAGUGGUGGUGAGAACCGGCAUGUUUCCGGGGAUCAGAAAGAACUGCCUGUACUUCGCUUUCUGCAACAAUGGCGAGCUGGCCGUUCAAACUAUCCGUGUGUUUGACAUGGAGAACUGGCAUAGCGAGUGUAGGAGCCUCAGACCGGACUCUCUGCCAGUUUUUGGGAUCGACCCUGUUUGGCUUGUGCCUAGUCUGAUCUAAUAUGGUGAAGGAUCUUCGUUGUGCUCUUCUAUCUUUCUCUGUCUGUCAUAAUUCCAGCUUAUAGGAUCAUAGCAUCUUUCAAGUCUUAUCUAUGUUAAAUUCCUAUGUGUGAGCUAUCACAUUUGGAUAUUAGUUGGUGGCUGUUCUUUAUUUCGCAUUAUCUGUGGAUGAUAUGCAAGGAAACUUGACAUGCACUUGGA